UGACACGCCGCGUGUCGUCACGCAGUAUCAUGCCGCGGCUCCUCUUCGUGAUUUCACGUCGCAUCAGUGAUAGCACGAGAACGAAACGAACGGCAUAAAGCGCGAUGAAAUCGAUCCUGAUCACCGGCUGCAAUCGUGGCCUCGGCCUGGGUCUGGUGAAACAUCUGGCCGGAAUGUCGAGGCCGCUGGACAAUAUCUUCGCGACGUGCCGGGACGCGAGCAAGGCGACGGAAUUACGCGCGCUCGCCGACAAAUCUUCAAAUAUACACAUCAUCGAGAUAGAUUUGGCGUACACGGAUAGCUACAAAAAAAUCGUGGACACGAUCAAUGACCAAGUGAGAGGCAACGGUCUCAAUGUUCUCUUCAACAACGCUGGUAUUUCCAGCAAAUUUACGCGUCUCGGCCUCGUGAAGAAGCAGCAAAUGACGGACGCGUUUAUAGUGAACACCGUGGCGCCUAUUAUGCUCACAAAGGCUCUCUUGCCGCUGCUGAAGACGGCUGCAAAAAAGGCUGAGGACACGGCGGAGCUAAGCGUGAGGAAGGCAGCCGUUAUCAAUAUGACUUCUGUCCUAGGCAGCAUUGCUGAAAAUAACGACGGCGGUUUUUACCCUUACAGAUGCAGCAAGGCGGCGCUUAACGCAGCGACCAAAUCAAUGAGCAUCGAUUUGAGAGCAGACGGGAUUCUGGUAGCGUGUCUGCAUCCUGGAUGGGUACGCACUGAUCUGGGUGGCAACAACGCUCCGAUGGACGUUGACAGCAGUGUCAGUCAUAUUUUGGAUACCUUGAACUCGUUGACAGAAAAGCACACUGGUUGUUUUUUGCAGUAUGAUGGCAAAAUAUUGCCCUGGUAAUAAUAUUCCAGUCAAAUGUUUGCUCAAUUAUUUUUAUACAUAACACUUGCCAUUUCUACAUUUUAAAUACAUUAAAUUAAUAUUAAAUAUACAUUAUAUAAUUUUGUAAAAAACAUUGUAAAUAUACAUUAUAAAUUUUCGCAAAUAGGAUUAAAAAGAACAAGUUUUCCAAGUAUCUUUCUAUGCUUCAUGAAACAAUUUAAGUGAAAAUAUUAUACAAACUAGAUAUUUCAAUGAAUUACUUGUGUUUUUUUCAACUCUGAAUGAAAUACUCGCUAUAAGAGUUACUGAAAAUAUCUUCGUACAAAAGCUAAAUGUAUUGUAAUUUUUUCAUAAAUGAUGUAUGAGAUGCAUUGAAUCAUUCAACUAUUUUAUUCGUAUGAGCUCAAGCUUAUUUUGUACAUGUCACGGUGCUAUAACGUAACGCGAAGGAAUGCAAAUUCUCCUAUAGUAUCAAUAGAUGAAAAAAAAAAA